GCUGUCUGAACGGUGGCAGGGCUGAUAAAGCCCCAGGCUUCCCUGCUGUUCUACAUCACUCUGCUUUGCUCUCUCUCAGGGUGUGUGUGUUUAUAACAAACAUAAAGCGUGUGAGGACCGACGAAAGGGACAUCUCUUCUUUUUUUGCCUGACACUCUCUCGUCAUUUGAGGACAUUGAGAGGAGCCAUACAUCAGAUUUACUUUUAUUCCUCAAACUGAAAAACUACUCCUCUUCAGCCAAAGCGAUGGACACUGCAGAGUUCCGGAGACGCGGGAAGGAGAUGGUGGACUAUAUGGCGGAUUAUAUAGAGAACAUUGAGAAGAGGCAGGUUUACCCUGAUGUGGAACCUGGAUAUCUAAGGCCAUUGAUUCCCGAGGAGGCCCCGGAGGAGGCAGAGAACUAUGAGGAUGUGGUCAAAGACAUAGAGAGGGUGAUCAUGCCAGGGGUUACUCACUGGCACAGUCCGUACUUCAAUGCAUACUUCCCUACUGCCCACUCUUUUCCGGCAAUGCUUGCAGACAUGUUAUCUGGAGCCAUUGGCUGCAUUGGAUUUUCUUGGGCAGCGAGUCCUGCCUGUACGGAGCUGGAGACAGUGAUGCUGGACUGGCUGGGAAAGAUGCUGAAGUUACCAGAAGAUUUUCUUGCGGGUACAGAGGGCAAAGGGGGAGGGGUCAUCCAGGGCACUGCCAGUGAAGCCACUCUCAUGGCUCUUCUUGCUGCUCGUUCCAAAAUCAUCAAACUGAUUCAGGCUGACCAUCCUGACCAAUCUGAGGCAUAUAUUACAUCUAAACUAGUCGCCUACUCAUCUGAUCAGGCGCACUCAUCAGUGGAGAGGGCAGGGUUGAUAGGUGGGGUGCGGAUGAAGAAGAUUCUCUCUGACAAUAAGUUUUCUGUGCGAGGAGAUGCAUUGCGGAGAGUUAUAGAGGAGGACAGAGCCACAGGACUCAUUCCAUUUUUUUUUUGUGCGACAUUGGGAACAACUCCAUCCUGUGCUUUCGACUGCAUCACUGAGCUCGGCCCUAUUUGUAAUGCAGAAAAAAUCUGGAUGCACAUUGAUGCCGCAUAUGCUGGGAGUGCAUUUAUCUGUCCGGAGUUCAGACCCCUCCUGAAUGGAGUAGAGUUUGCAGACUCUUUCAAUUUCAAUCCUCAUAAAUGGCUCCUGGUCAACUUUGAUUGCUCUACAUUGUGGGUGAAGAAAAGAUCAGACCUUAUUGGAGCAUUUAAAAUGGAGCCGCUUUAUCUAAAGCAUGAUCACCAAGAGUCAGGGCUUGUCACUGAUUAUAGACACUGGCAAAUUCCAUUGGGACGUAGGUUCCGCUCUCUGAAGUUGUGGUUUGUGUUCCGCAUGUACGGACUCAAAGGUCUCCAAGCCUACAUCCGCAAGCAUGUAGGGUUGGCCAAAGAGUUUGAGUCUUUGGUGAGAGCUGAUCAACGCUUUGAGAUCUCAGCUGACGUUGUGAUGGGCCUCGUCUGCUUUCGACUCAAGGGCUCCAAUGAAUUGAAUGAAACUCUGUUGAAGAGGAUCAACAGUGCACGAAAGAUCCAUCUGGUUCCAUGCCAACUGGCAGGCAAGUUCGUUCUGCGUUUUGCCGUGUGUGCCCGUACUACUGAGUCACGGCAUGUUCAGGAGGCUUGGUCCCACAUCUGCCACCUGGCAUCAGAGCUGCUUCAGGAACUACCCCACUGACUAUGGUGGGCAUCACAUGUUAAGUCAAAAAGGGUGAUCUGUGCCACACCUACUAUCCACACUGUCUUACUUUAACUCUACCACUGCGAAUUGUGCAUAAAUGUGUGUGUGCAUUGUCAAAAUAUUCAUAUGUGUGUGCAUGUUUGUCACAAAGGUGUCCACCAAGAGUGCAGCGUGUCUGUCUUUUGUGAGCUGGAUCAUAUGUGUUGUCUGCUAAAAACAAUGUUGUUUUUCUCCACAAAAAAAAAAAAAAAAAAGUUUUAAAAAGAUAGUACCGUUUUGUUCAGCUGUGGCCAAAAAUGAUAUUUGUUUUUAAUGACCCUACAAGUUUGAUUAAAUGAUGCAAUUAUUUUCAAGGUACACUAUGUAGGUUUUGGCCCUUUAGCUGUUAAACAAAAUUGCUCAUAAAACAUUCAUUACAAGGCUUAAGAUAUAACCAGUUUAGUUGGAAACGAUCUCAUAGCUGAGUUUCUGAAGACGUUACUCUACCCAUUAAUAGAAACGGUACUUUCUUGAAAGUAAACUCCAGCACAACACUACAGAAACCAUAAUGAAUUGACCCUUCACAAAAGAUAAUGCUUUACAAUAAACCCUGUUAGAGAGCUAAAUAUUUUUUUAAAUAAAAUUCACCUGUUGAGUAAUAAAUACAUAUACGAGAUCAAAAAUCUCUGCGUCGCUUUUUAAACAUUUCAAAUCCCUCAGUUAUCAGCAUCUCCAAAAAGCCAAGCCAAUGUUGAUGUCAAUCUUUGUCAUUUGAUAUGAUGAUUGAUUGAUAUGAUGGUAUUUAUGGAUUUAAGACACGUGUGCAAUUUCCCAUGGAAACCACCCCGACAGGUCCAAAAUAUAAACGCUUAUAAUAGGCUUAUCAUAGUGAAUCAGUGUAAGACAAAAACAUGUUUUGGAAGUAGGAUUGAUGAUCUAUUGACUUAUAUUUAAAUAAAAAAAUAUAUAUAAAAUAAAAUGUACAUAGUGUACCUAUGAAUAAGAAAAUAAUAAUAAUAAAAAAAACACUAAACAUGGUUAAGCUUUUUAUCUGACAGAAGUAUUUGGCAAAAGAAGGGCAAUCUACAGCAGCAGGUUUGGUUUUACUAUUUGAAAAAAAUGCAUUGAAAAACAAAAAAGGUCCCAGGAAAAAACAUUGACUAUACAACAGGAUAAGUAAUUAAAAUUUAUUCAUAUUUCUUUGUAUGCCUGUCCUAAACAACAAUAUCCGCACAAUUUGGCAUGUUUCAUUGUUUAAUCACAAAUAAAACAAAGGACUCAAAGCACAGCUACUCAAUAUGGUGACCAAACCGUUAAAUAAAUCAUUAAUAAUAUUUAAAUAAAGGAUUAAUACAUCAAUUUUCCAAGGCUGGACAUCACUUUUGGCCACUACUGUACGUGUGCAUUUGAAAAUGUGUCUAAAUUGAAAAUCAAAUAUGUUUUGUAAGAUAUUCAGAGAAUGUUUUCUCUUGAAUUAGAGUAUAGUGCAAGUGUUCAGACUGCUUUUACCAAAGCAUUGGCCUUUAUUGUUUCUGCUUUGCUCACUUUUCUGCAUUUUCAAAAAACUAAAUCAAAUAUCAAGCCUAAUAUCUUUCCUUUCUUUUUCUAAAAGCAUUGUUCUCAGCACAGCUUCUGUGACACGAUACCUCACCAACCUUCUUUGACACAGUU